CUGGCCGGGCUGUAUGCUCUUUGUGUUUGGGGUUAUUUGGUAUCACACUGUGUUUUUUUCUGUCUUGUUUUUUGUUGGUUUUCCCCCUGGACUGAGUGAUCACAAAAGAAGGUGGAGGCUGUAAAGAUAGAUGGCGUGACAUCAGCAACAGCUGGAGAAAUCGGUGAGCUGAGGCUUUGGUGUCAGUGAAUGGUGAUCGAAGCUUUAUUGUAACCGGGAAGUCACUGCUUCAUUCAGCACCGACUCAUCAUGCCUCUCCACAACAGAGAGUCCAGUAUGUCCAGUAUCGAAAUGCUGGAGAUACUGGGAGUGGUAAAAGAAAAUGGCAAUGAACAGCAAUCAUUUCCUCCAGUGCACACUCCACUCUCUUAUGACUAUGUCCUGGUUGCCAAAACGAUUAAUAACCAGGAGAGAGAGACUUUCAGGAAGCAAACUGAGUUCAUCGAAGAGCUAAAAAAAAAGAACUUCAAAGUCACGAAAAUCAUAGAUGAUAAUCUCGUCUUCUAUGGGAUUCAAGCGCCCAAGGAAAUCUUUGAGAAGUACAGGUAUCUGCUCAAGGUGUCCGAUGCCUGCAACUGGAGCUCAGAUCAGAGCGCAGUGUCUCUCAGUACAAGGAUACGGAUUGUGCACUUCAUCUUAGGUCACACCAGAAUUCGUUCAGGAGAAAAUCUACGGGAGCUCAUAAAGAUGAAGGUUUUUGAGACCAAGUUCUGUCUACAUGAGAAAAAGAAACAGAGAGAACUGAAGGCGGGAUGGGCACGGUGGACAGCCUGUCUCCAAGGGCAACCCAUAACUGCUGUCAGGAACUACUUUGGAGAAAAAGUGGCCUUGUACUUCCUGUGGCUGGGCUGGUACACAUUUCUCCUAGUCCCACCUGCUAUCAUAGGGAUCAUUAUCUUCCUCUAUGGCAUCUCCUACUACAAACACUCACCCCUCCUAAAUGAGGUUUGCAACUCCAACACAACCAUGUGUCCACUUUGUGACAAGGGUUGCGAAGCAUGGCAGCUCAAUGAAACCUGCAUUUACACCAAGGUGACCUUACUGUUUGACAACGAAGGGACAGUGUUCUUUGCGAUGUUCAUGGCAAUAUGGGCAACACUGUUUUUGGAGUUCUGGAAGAGACAUCGUGCUACCUUUGUGUGUGAAUGGAAAGUGUCUGAUUGGAGUGAGGAAGAGGAGGAACUGAUCCUGGAACUUGUGAAUGAUGUCAACUGUGAACCAAAAAAAUUUAAGCACUCCUAUUGGACCAGCAGUCUGAUUUUUAUCUGUGUAACAAUUAUGAUAUUAGUGAUCAUCAGCCUAACAAGUGCUGUGGUGGUGUUCAGGGUGAUUGCAGCAGAUUUUUUGGCAAAGUACAAAUGGAAAUCCUUAAGCAACCACUCCAACAUACCUGUGAUGGUGCUAGGGGGUUUCCUCCAUUACUUCAUCAUCACUAUCAUGACACGGGUAAACUGGAUUGUGGCCAGGAAGCUCUGUGACAUGGAGGAGAUAAGGUCAUUUGCUUCCACUGAAAAGAGCUUCACAGUCAAAAUGUUCACCUUCCAGUUCUUCACCUAUUUCACCUCACUGUUUUAUGCGGCCUUCAUUCUUGGCAGGAUAAAUGGCCGUCCUGGGAAUUAUGUAAAAAUUGCAGGCCGUUGGAGACUUGAGGAAUGUCACCCUACUGGCUGUCUGACCGACCUGUUUAUCCAAAUGACCAUUAUUAUGGUACUAAAGCAAACCAUCAGCAAUGUCUUUGAGUUCACUGGACCCUGGUUAUGCCGGUUGUGGAAAAGAAAAAGAACCCAGAAACUACAGAGGAAAUGUGCUCACUGCUAUCUGAAAGAUGACUCAGACACUAAAGAUGGGGAUGAACUUUGUGAAAACUGCAAGCUCCGAGACUGGCUAAGCAACUACCGCCUAAAUGAUGUCGACUCGUUUAGCCUGUUCAGAGAGUUUUUGGAAAUGGUGAUCCAGUUCAGCUUUACCACCCUAUUUGUGGCAGCCUUUCCUCUCGCUCCUCUGUUGGCCUUCAUCAAUAAUGUCAUAGAGAUACGUCUGGAUGCCAUUAAGAUGGUCACUCUCGAGCGGAGAAUGGUUCCCAAGAAAACCAACAAUAUUGGUGUGUGGCUAGAUAUACUAGAGGCUAUUGGUGUCUUAGCAGUCAUUGUCAAUGGGCUGGUCAUCGGUGUAUCCUCGGACUUCAUCCCCCGACUUGUGUACCGUUAUCACUCCGGCCCAUGUGCCCAAGGCACAGCUGCACCAGAUACUGAUUGUAUGGCGGGUUACAUCAACAACACUCUCUCCGUUGCCCCAAUGAAAUAUAUGAAUGAUUCAUAUAAAUACAGCGAGAACAUCCCUCCUGGCGAAGAGCCUUUGUACUGCAGAUAUAAGGACUACAGGAGCCAAGAUGACUACAGUCAUACUCAUCAGUUCUGGAUCAUUUUAGCUUCGCGCUUUGCAUUCGUCAUCUUGUUUGAGCAUGUUGUCGUCAUAUGCAAGUUCAUUGCAGCCUGGUUCAUACCGAGUGCUCCCAUGGAAGUGAAGAAUUCUAGGCUCUCAGAUAAACUCAAGAGGCUAAAAGAGGAACUCCAAUCAUUUGAAGCAUGAUGCUGUAAACGGGAUACAUGUUACCCGAACAACACAAACCCAGUGUUGACUUGUGCAUUAAAGUCUCCAGACUACUGCAGUGUUGCGUCAACUUUAAGGUUCUUAAUCAUCUCUCUGAGGAGCUCAGAUGGAGGCCUGUGGCUGGAUUGUCAUCCAUUAAAAGGACUGUAAAGGCAAUUUGUCUUGAAGAAAACCAGUGUACAGCAGCUGAUGUUACUGACCGCAACUUUCAUGAGAUUAUUUUUAUUCUGUAUUGAGAAUCCACCACUUGCUUGCUGUAGGAACUCCAUAUAUAUGAGCCUGUGUUUUGUAUUGAAAGACUAAAGAUAAUUUAUACUGAUACUGUAAACGGGGUGUUGACUGUGUUAUGCCUUACUGUAUACUGUUUUACACAAAAAGCGCUGUGAUGAUUGUUGCUUUACUACAGGCAGAAUCCGAUUGUGUAUUUUGUAACUCCGAUGCAAGAAUGUUUUGCUUUAUAACAUUUUAUAUCAUUAAAUAAAAAAGAGAAAACAUC